AAUUUUAUAAUAUUUUACAAGUUUGACAUAUUAUAAAUUUUUGUAUGGCCAUGUUAAGUGCUAUAUAAUGAAAUUGUGUAAUUAAACAUUUUUAAACAUUUUUUGUGAUAUUUACUCGAAAUAUUUAAUGAUAGCAUGGAUAAAGAAAAUAACAAAAGCGCUGCAGGACUUAGACGCUCAGCGAUUGCUGAAAGAUUACGCCUAAGGGAUGAAUGGUCAGCUUUAAAAGGGACAAGCAACGAACCAAUUUUAAAACAAAACAACAAGAAUGUCCUUACUAAAAAGCAGCAUAAUUUAAUAAUUUCAUUCCCAAAGAAGAAUGGACCAACUAGUAAACAGAUUACAAAAAUCAAUGAAAAAACGAAUUUUGCAGUUUCUGAAGUACUUCGUGGAAUAGUGGUCCUUGUGGACGUAGGAUCGGAGCCUAAAGCGUUACCCCUUAGGGCUGCGCUUACAGCUCUCGGUGCUUCCGUGGUACCAACAUGGAGUCCUCUCGUUACACAUCUAGUUUGGUCUCAGGGCGGCGCGCGCGGCGUGCGGGCGCGCGCGCGCUCGCUGGCGUGCGCGCUGGUGUCGCCGCUGUGGGUGGAGGCGUGCGCGGCGGCGCGGCGGCGCCUGCCCGAGCGCGUGUUCCCCGCGCCCGCGCGCGCCUCCGACCCGCCCUCGCCCGCCGCGCUGCGCCGCCUGCUGAGAAAAGCCGAACAAGAAAACAUAUCGUUGCAGAAUCUCUUAUCAGACAGUGUCGAGAGUGACAAAGGGAAACCAGCCCGUCUGCGGAUGUCCAGUGAAACGGAACACGAUACGACAGACACCGCAGACACGUCGCACGACACGUCGCCGGAUAAAUCCCUUGACAGAUCCGACAGAACUGUCUCUCCAGAUCCUGAAACCCGUGUGAACACGGCUGCUCGUAGGGCGCUGCCCGCCUCGCUGACGCCGCAGAGGCCGACUAAGUCCAAGAGGAAGCUGUUCACUCAGAAGGAGGCAGACGUCAACAGUGACGACGAAUCAGAAAAAGAAGAUACGCCAAUCGCGACGAAAAAAACACCCCCCAAACUGACGCAGCGAGGGAGGAGGGAGCUCGCUCACGCCGAACGGAUAGCGCGCAGGCUCGUGGGCUCCGCUCCAACGAAACACGCGAACAUAAACAAAUUUAUUGCAAGAAAUCAGAAUGACAGAUCGCCUAGAAUCGUAUUAACUGGUAUGUCUAGAAAAGAACGUCACGAGAUAUGGGAGGCAAUAAAACAGUUGAACGGCAAAGUUCAAAAUCACGUUAACAAGAAGACAACCCACGUGCUAAUGGGGUCCUGUAACGCGUCCUCAGCAGAAAUACCCGUGACAAACAGACGGAUACACGCGACGAGACGAAAUGAUAAAAUUACCAUGUGUCAAAAAUGCAACACGCCGGAAGAAAUCCUCUCGCAAAUGUUCCUCAAUAACGUAACCGUUCAGCGUCCAACUGAAACAAGUUUUGCUGACGUUUUGUGUACUUGCAACAAUAUAUCUGGUGUUGCGAACAUUUCAAAUCCAAAUAUGGCCGAAGAUAUCGCGAACAUGUCGCAAUACGAACGGGAUAAUGGGAACAUUUUGACAAGUUCAAUGGAGAUUUUGGUUAAAAAAGACAAACCUAGAACAGUAAACGCGUUGUUGGGCGCUGCGAGGGGCUGCCGGGUGCUGGUCGCGCAGUGGGCGAGGGAUUCCGUGAAGGCGAAGCGAUGGUUGCACCAUUUCGGUUACGAAGUUCCACAUCUGAUGAAGAUAUCCCAGAAGGCGCGUAUCGAGAGGGCAGCUCUUGGCAAAAUGCAUUCCGAGUACGCGUACGACAUAUUUAACGGUAUGCGAGUACGUGUAUCCGAGAAUGCGGAACAAAAAGAACCGGUGAACCAACUCUUGACACUCUGUGGCGCGAUCACGCAGGACAACCGAAACGGCGCGAAAAAACAAAAUGGCGGAAACGUCACAGCUGACUUUGACGUUACAAUAGGGCGGGAAAGUGGGCAAGUUUGUUCGAAGUGGGUUUUCGAUAGUGUCGCAGCGGCUAGGAUGAGGACUACGAGGCGAUAUGUUAAUAAAGACAUACCGACUGAUGUACUUACAUUAAGUUAGAGAUAAUUGAUGGUAUUUUCUUGAUUUGUAACUUAUUUAUCUGCAAUUUGUGGGAACUAUUUCAUGAAAGGGGACGGAAGUGUGUAACAGGAAGAGAAGCGCGCCUAUUCUAUUUGGGCAAAUAGCGCACGCGGUUCUACCGUUGGCCGUCAGCUGGUACCAACCCAGUGGUGGGAUGUAAGGAAUGGCUAAUAUUAAUGUUACUUAUUACGGGAGACGUCAGAUGAUAUACAUCAUACGCGACUAGUCUAAGGAAGAUUUUUACGGUCUAAAGCGUGACGCAUGCUGUAAUUCCUUUACAAGGCAGGAACAGUGGUUCCUUAAUAUGUGGUAUGAAUGACUUGGUGGCAGGGCUUUGUGCAAGCCCGUCUGGGUAGGUGCCACCCACUCAUCAGAUAUUCUACCGCUAAACAGCAGUACUCAGUCUUGUUGUGUUCCGGUUUGAAGGGUGAGUGAGCCAGUGUAACUACAGGAACAAGGGACAUAACAUCUUAGUUCCCAAAGUUAGUUAGUUAUGGGCGGUGUAAGGAAGAGGUGGUGACCACUUGCCAUCGGGUGGCCCACCUACCCAUCCGCCUACUUAUAUCAUUAAAGAAAAUGUAUUUCAUUGUAAAUGAAAUAUAAUAUCAUGAUAUAACACUGCACGGAAUGGCAGGACACCAUUGAAGUGUUUUUUUGACAUGACAUUAGGAAUAU